AUGGCACGUCUGACACAACAAGACAGCAUCUUGCACAAGUUGUACAAGGCAGUGCAGGAUGGCACAGUGGAGAAACUCCCUGGAGAUGAGUUCGCUCCUUACCGACGACGAGCGACCGCUCUAGCAUUUCAUCGCGAGUGCCUCACACUUGGAUCACGGGUGAUCAUACCAAGCUUAGCACGAUCCCACGUUCUGGCACUUCUGCACGCUGGUCACCGAGGCAUGGUAGCCAUGAAUAAGUGCGCAAGGAGCUACGUAUGGUGGCCCGGAAUCAACAAGGUGAUCGAGGAAACGGUAGGACAGUGCCGUGAAUGCCUUUCAACGCAGAAGAGCCCACCCAAAGCUCCUAUUCCCUCGUGGGACCGUCCCGAGACACCAUGGCACACGGUGCAUGUUGACUUCGCUGGGCCACUACUCGGGCGCACCUACUUGGUUGUUGUUGACGCAUACGCAAGGUGGGUAGAAGUCCGGCACGUGACGCAAGCAACAUCCGCGGUUGUCAUCGAUGUGCUACGAAGCAUCUUUGCGAUGUUUGGCAGUCCCCGAAAGGAGGUCUCCGACAACGGAAAAGCCUUUAUUUCCAACGACACAAGGCUGUUCUACACAACAAAUUGCAUAGAGGCUACAACAUCACCAGCUUACCAUCCUGCUACAAAUGGCCAGGCAGAACGCUAUAUGGCAGAGCUCAAAAUAGCACUGCCGAGUGAUACAGACAGGUCCGUGCAGUGUUCGACUUGCAAGAUUCCUGUAUCGGCAACACACAACCAUUCACACUGCUACAGGAAUGCCACCUGCGAGAGCGAUGUUUGGACAAGGCUUCUAUGUCCUCUCGAUCUUCUAAAACGGGAGACGGAGAUACAAAUCCUUGAGAGCCAGGAGACAUUGACGAAACCCCGUCGUUUCGCUGCAGAAGAGAAAGUGCUCAUCCGACAGUUUUAG